UCCAAAUAAUAUUGAAGAUGGCAGGUCACUGUCUUGGAGGCUUUUCUUACGGCUAUCGAAGAAAUACGAGCAUAUACCCUGAACAAAAUGAAGUUGUUUGGGUAAAUAGAAGAUACAACCCUUUGGAUUUGAGAAGCAGCGCGCCUGUUCCACGCUCAAAAUUUCUCAUGGAAUCUGAAAAAACUUCGGAAAACAAUAUUCCUUUACAAUGGAAGAAAGAGGUUGAGCCUUCUUUAAAGACAUUUUCUCGUCAUAUGGAAGAACCUCACUGGUACCCAUCAACGCAGGCUUCCAGGUGCGAAGAAUGGUCAACUUUAAGRCAAAUUUUGCCUUCUAGAGGAAUUCGCGAUCGAGUGAUUGCACCACGCUGGGGAACAAACAUUCUUCCUAACGCAAGCUUUCAACCGAAAAAAGAGAACAGAUUUCCUCACAUUAACAGUCCAAUGACACGGUUUGUUGACGACAUGCACCUUACCAAUCGACUCUUCAAACUACACUGAUUCUGAGAAUCAUGAUGCAUUAAUCAUUGGGAGCUCCUGUAUUAUAUCUUGAUGUCUGGAUCAACCGAGUGCUACAUGUAUAUGGACAGACCUCUUUAAACUUUGCUUUUUAUAAAYAACAAGACAAUAUCAUAGGGAUUCAUUGAUUUUAUUGAAUUAACAUCGCUCAACAUGGCCUUUUGUAAGGAGAGAAACUGAUAUYGGUCUUUUCUACAUGUGUGAUUCUUUACACUUGCAUUCUUUGUAAAAAAUACAUAUAUUUUGUAAUGUUGUGCAAAAUAAAAGGACACUAUCUUUUUGCUGU